GUAUUCUGUAAAAACAGAAAUAUAUAAACGAUAGAAUUGUAAAGGGGGAACUUUUUUUUUUUUCAAAUCAUCAUUAUAUUACAUGUUUGCCUUACGUUUUAAACCUGCUACUCUCAAGUCUUUUGUGGUAAAACCCAUCUGUCGACAGGCCUCUAUCUUGUCCCUCCGAAAGUUUUCUUUACUCACUGAAGCUCAAAACAAGGAUAGCCACCAACAAAUGUUCUCAGUUGGUACUAGCAACGGCUUCCUUCCCCGUCAAGAACCCUUGGCUGAGCUUCCCCAGGAGUUUAACAGACUCGAGUCUCUUCUGCAACGUAUGCCUAUGCAACUGUUAGAUGGUACUCCUGGUCUUUUGGCGAGCGGUCAAUUCGGCGAUGCUGUAAGAGAUGAACUGCCUCUUUACGAAAUCGAUGGAAUCACAGACCAACGUCUUUUAUCCGCCCUCUUUCGUGAUUAUACAUUUGCUGCCUCGGCUUAUUUAUUAGAGCCUUGCGAUAUUCUCUAUCGCUCUCAAAGCGACUAUGGUUUGGGAAGGAAGGUCUUGCCUAUGAACAUUGCUGUGCCUCUGUCCAAAGUCUCCAAAAAAAUCCAUAGUCAGCCUUUUAUGGAAUAUGCGUUGAGUUAUGCCUUGUAUAAUUACAAGAAAAUCAAUCCUUUGGGUGGUUUAAGUUACGAUAACUUGGCAUUGAUCCGCGCUUUUGCUGGUAGCGAGUCUGAGAAAGGUUUUGUCUUGAACCAUGUGACGAUGGUUUCCUACUCUCCCAGUCUUGUCCGUUAUGCGACUAACGCUCUCAAUGCUGUUGAAAGUAAUGACCGAAAGAAGUUUGAUAUGCAAAUGGCUGGUUUGAACGAAACUUACGAGUCCAUUAACAAGGAAAUGGAAAUGAUGUGGUCACGCAGUAUGCCUGAAGACUACAUCAAGUUCAGAACUUUUAUUAUGGGUACCAAGAAUCAGCCUAUGUUUCCUGAUGGUGUAAUUUAUGAAGGUGUAAGCGACACUCCUGUCACGCAUCGUGGCGAGUCCGGAGCUAAUGACUCUAUGGUACCACUGGGCGACAAUCUGCUUCAAAUUACUGAGCUUAUGCCCGAAAACCCCUUGACCAAUGUCUUGCGCGACUUUAGGUCUUAUCGUCCUACCAACCAUCGCGAAUUCUUGGAAUAUGUUCAGGACAAGGCCAGGAAAGUCGGCGUAAAAGAGUUUGCAAUGAAGGAUGCUAAUUCAGCCGCCUAUUACUUGUCUAAUAUUGACCAAAUUCGCGCGUUUCGUCAUCGCCAUUGGAACUUUACAAAGGAGUAUAUUAUCAAGCAUACCGCUCAUCCUGUUGCUACAGGAGGAUCUCCCAUUAUAACUUGGUUACCAAAUCAACUUGGUGCAGUGCUUGAUUUAUUAAACACUGUGGGCAGCCAAAUCAACAAGAACGAAUUAACUGAAAGCAAUCUGAUUCGUGUUGAAGAGAUUAUGAAACGUGCUCAAGCUCAAAAACGAUUCCUCGAUAGGGAGGUUGCUAGUCUUAAAAAUAAGUUCAAGGAUCAAGACCGCACCUAAACUUUUUUUUUACGAAUGAU